AUGGCUGACAACUUCUCCGACUGGGGCAAAGACCAGUCUAUCUUCUUCUACACCGAAAGCCUGGAGGUGCCAGAGGAUUUUUUAGUGCAGGAGGAGAAAUGUUCAGAAUCCUUCCCUGUGGAAAUGAGCCAGGCGUCCGAAGGAGACAGAAGCAGCAGCUGGAUGUACGAAGACCACAGCAGUCCUCCUUUGAUCAUGCUGCAGCCGCUUCUCGGCAGCAACUUCUCUGAUGACCAAAACCAAAUAACCAUGGUCGAGAGGGAGGAAGUGAUAGAAAGCACUGAUGUAGAGAGCCUGCCUUCCUGCAGCUUCAACAGGCAGUUGGUUGCCUCAAACAGCAAAGACUGCUUCCAGCAGACUACAGCUUCCUUGUCUACCUCCCUGGCAUCAUCCCACAGUAAGUUCAACAGAAAGCAUUACCAGAAGAGUCCCAGCCAGUGCACCGACUCCAUGCAGAAAAGCAGCAGCUCCAUGGAGCAGGCACAGGUACAAAUUAAGUCCCUGGAGGAUGAGUUUUCUGGCACCAUGUGGUCCUCAAAUGAUGAAAAAGAGCACGAGAAUAUGUUCCAGAUGAAAGAAGUGAAUCAAUCUGCUGAUUAUCUGAGAGGGAAGACGCCACCUUCCCAAAAAGUCCCAGCCGUGGAUCUCAGUAUUCAGGAUCAAUUAAUUGAGUUUCUUCAAGCGAGCUCUGUGAAAAAGCAAGAAGAUCCUAAGAAACAAGUUCCUUGCCCUCAUACUGGCUGUAACAAGAUGUUUAGAGAUACAUCUGCAAUGAGAAAGCAUUUUCACAUUCAUGGUCCGAAAAACCAUGUCUGUGCAGAAUGUGGCAAAGCAUUUGGUGAACGUUCCAAGCUAAAACGUCAUCUCCUUGUUCAUACUGGAGAGAAGCCCUUUCAGUGUAAAAACUGCAAGAAACGAUUUUCUCUGGACUUCAAUUUGCGCACUCAUGAACGAAUCCAUACUGGAGAACGGCCGUUCGUGUGCCCUAUUCAUGAUUGCAACAGGAUGUUUACUCAGUCAGCCAAUUUGAAGACUCACCUCGUAACACAUUUCAAGAAAAAAACAUAACUAUUAAAAGCAAAGAUCUCUCUCAAGCUGGU